GUGUAUAUAUGUAGACGCUCCUAGUACAAAUGGAACAUCGAUCAGUUUCGCUAUGGCCAGAUGCGCCGCGACAGACCGGUACCGCGCUUUCGCGUGCGCCGACUGGUGAGUCCUUCAUUGACGAUCUCGAGACGGCUUGCCGGCUCCGCUAGUUGUUUCGGGACGAUAUCGCAAAGUUCCCAUAUCCGACCCGUAUCAAUAUAUCAUAGAAUCAGUUCCACUGCUCGGUGCCUCUUCUUUCCCCGCCUUGAGUCUCCCAGUACUACUACUCGCACAACAUGGCCGACAUAGCAACAACAUCCUUCCUUAACACUCUCAAGUCUGCCUUCCCCUCCCCGCCACUCACUACGCCAGAGGCAGUUCUCACCCAGCCCUGGUACAUCGUUGCCGCCGUGUCCUUCAGCGCGAGCCGGAAGCCUGCUGCCGUCCCUAUCGUCUUUGAGUUUGUACUCCACGAGCUGGAGGCUGCCCAGCUUGUGGCCGGCGUGCGCGCGGACUCCGAGGAGGGACUGGCGCAGCGGGUCAAGCUUAUAAGCAAGAUCCGUGAGGCAUUGCUGCAUUCCGGGCUGUUGAGCGGAGUGCCGAGGAUCAUAGAGAGCUUAAUCGCUCUGCAUGGGAUUACUCCAGAGGAACUGCAGGCCAAGGAAGUCCUCCGAGACCGCACGAAGACGAUCGCAGACUACGAGCAGAGCGGCGAGAAGCUAUUCCGCUCUAUGUACCGCGAGACCGCGGACACCGUGCAGGGCCUGCUCGACCGCACGUACCCAGACCUCGGCUGGUUCUGCAACACCGUCGGCUAUGGCAUCACUUAUGGCGGGACCGAUGUGCUGACGCAGGUGGAGGUCUCCUACGCCAUUGUCGCUGCGCUGAUCGCCAUCGACGCGCCGCGCCAGAUUACAUGGCAUCUGGCCAACGCGCAGCACGGUGGAGCGACGUUCGAGGAGGCACGGGCUGUGAGGGAGAUUUCGGUGAAGGUUGCGCAGGCGGCGGGCGUGACUUGGUCGGAUGGUGUUCCGGAGGUGACGGCUGUUGAACAGCACUGAGACGAGAACAACAGGCAAUUUGUAGCACAACUAACUCACCCAGGAACCUAUAAGUAUACGCAAUGACCAUCAUAGAGGGUCUUGAGGACGAGCUACACGACUGAAUGCUCGAUGUCGCGUUACGUUUUGUUCUGGG